UUCGUUCUGGGCUAAUAGAAAUAAUUGUUGUGAGGCUGCUCGUUGAAUCUUGUGCGACCGUUAACUAGACGUUUACCGCAAAUGUGUGCACAGCUCUUUCAAACGUGUGUGGGUCCGCUGUGGAACUGUGCCAGUUGACUGAUGGGCGAUAAAGGUGCAGUGAAGCGUAUGCGUGAAAGGGAUUUGACCAAGUCUACCAUCGUCUGAAAUCAACUUGUGAUAAACAUCUGAGAACAACACAAAGCAUCAAAUAUUCGCUGACCUGCGGAUCGAUCGAAAGAUGCCUGCAAAUUCCGCUCAAUCAAAAUCUACCGUCUCUUUAAGGAGAUAUCCAUCAGUUGGAAUAAUUACGUGUUUGUACUCUCUCGUCUUAUGUGCAUGGCAACGCCUUUGAGCGUCACACACGAGCAAAUGGGAAGUACCCCGAGGAAAGAAGACCACCACGUUAUAUAAUUCCCUGUGGAUUUUUUUUCGUCCAUCCAGUCGCUGAGGAAACUGCAAAGGGACCAACAAAAAAAAGCCAAUCGCUCGCAAUUCCAUCUGGACGGCUGUUGUUUCUUUCCAUCCUCCGCCUUUAUACUGGAAAAAUCUGUUACUGCCGCUUCACACCUGUUAGAGGAUAGUCCACUUAACUCAAGAUAAUCAAAAUGCGUCAAUCUGGUCUAGUCUUACUGUUGGUCGGUCUCUGCGUCUUUGUCACAUUCACUUCAGCAGGAGUGUUGGAAAAAAUUCCGAAAAGGAAAAAGUCGCCAUCGAAAUUGGGUGCGGGGCCUUUGGAGUGGCCGACAAACAGCUCGGCGGCCGUCGUGCCCAAUGCCGACGGUGGUCAACUGCGGAUAGACAUGUGCGAAGGCAACAUCGUCGUCCCCUUGUCUUCCUCUCGCAACGUCAAAAGGAAUUUCACGGUCAAAUCGACUCUGUUCCCGUUUAAACGCUCGACUCCUCUCAUCUGCUCUUGGAAUGUCAAGGUGAGCAAGAAUUGCCGCCGGGGAUUGGUGACGAUGACCAUUCACGAACGCAGUCGACUGGCGGGUGACGAAGGAUGUCUCAACGGAUUCUACAGCGUCUCUCCCUUCAUGGAUAACGUCAGAAUUUGCGGUCGCAUCAACUUUGUGCCGGCCUUCCAGUGGUACGUGGAAGACCAACAACCCGAAGUGACCAUCAACUUGAGACACGUCGGACUCGACGACGGAUACUCUGAAGGAUUGGCAUUCACCUUGUCAGGUGAAUGUCUGGCUGAAGGCUCGAACAUGACGCAAAGUAAAGCCAACCGAUCGUAUACGAAAUGGAUGCAACAGCUGCUGGACCAAUCUGCCAACUUUGGCGUACCCACACUGGUCGUACCAGACGACGAAGUUUACGCCACAACGGCCAGUCCAUUCUGGGCAUAUGAAGCAGAUGACACUGAACUGAACAUCGUCCAGUCCAACUUCACCAAACAGCCGACGAAAAUUGCUGCGCUGGAUUUCGAUCUGGAAACCCCGUGGCACGUCCUUAAAAACCAUUCGGCGCCAUUGAGAACUAUAGCGCCAUCACCCAUCACGACGACGACCAGUACGAAACCACCAAAGAUUCCAUCCAUCUCUCCCAACAUCAGCAGCAACGCCAAUAGUGUCGAACCGCAUCCCAUCAUCAACUUGAAUUACACAAUCCUCAACCAGACGGCCAUCAUCUCGUCGACCACCACCCCAAAACCUCCUCCCCCGGCCAAGCCCUUGAUUUCCAGCAGCCAUUUCAAUCUUGAGACUCCAUGGCACGUACUCAAAAACCAGUCGUUAAUGGCGCCAGCCAUUUCUUCUCCUCCAUUAAAGAAUAAGACCCAAAAUGUUUCCUUGAACGUCACUGCGGCUGCUGCUGCUAUCCAGACGGUAGAGACCAUUUUGUGGACUUGAAUGGUUUCCAUCUAAACCCCUUACUAUACUCCCCUGUUACAAUUUAUAGUUUGUUAUUGAAUUAAUUGCAACUUUUUUUAUUAUUAUUUUAGGAUUGAUUUCGUUAUUGUUUGAUGUUUUGCCUUAAUUAUUAAUUAUUAAGAUGUUGUUAAUUUAUCUAAUAAUAGCAAUAAAUUUUAUUUGGCCCAGUU